AUGUUGAAACGACUACAGCGAAUACAACCUUGCCCGAGGAGUGAUAUUGUAUUGCUUACAAACACUCGAUUACUUGCAACUAACUACAAUUUCUCACAAUUGGAUAAGAAAUGGAGAGAUAAAUGGAGACAAGACAGCGAUGAUGAGAAAAUUAGCCAACCUUCAAGCCAAAAAGACUUUUACGCAUUGGUAAUGUUCCCAUACCCUUCAGGGGUGUUACAUUUGGGUCAUUUGCGAGUCUAUACCAUAAGCGAUGUUGUUGCCAGAUAUAAAAAGUUGAAUGGCUACAACGUUAUCCAUCCUAUGGGUUGGGAUGCAUUUGGAUUACCAGCUGAAAAUGCAGCCAUUGAAAGAGAUAUAGAUCCCGCCAUUUGGACUGAUACAAACAUAUCUAAAAUGAAAGAGCAGAUGAUCAACUUCCUGGCCGACUUUGAUUGGGAUAGGGAAAUCAAUACUAGUUCACCUGAGUAUUAUAAGUGGACGCAGAAAAUCUUUCUCAUGUUGCAUGAACAAGGACUUGCUUAUCGUAAAAAGGCCGAAAUUAAUUGGGAUCCUGUGGACCAAACUGUUCUUGCUAAUGAACAAGUCGACGCCAAAGGAAGAUCGUGGAGAAGUGGUGCAAUAGUGGAAAAGAGACAUUUAGAGCAAUGGUUUAUUGGAAUUACAAACUAUGCUGACAGAUUAGUACAAGAUUUAGAUUGUCUAAAGGAGUGGCCUGACCAUGUCAAAACGAUGCAAAGAAACUGGAUCGGUAAAUCCAAAGGUUGUGCUGUAAACUUUUCUAUAGAUCAAGGUGAUGAUACAAUAUCAGUUUUUACUUCCCGACCCGAGACUUUAUUUGCAGUUCAGUUUUUAGCACUUAGUUUGGACCACCCAUUGGUUAAGAAAUUAUCCGAAAACGAUCCAUUGUUGAUCAAGUUUAUUGAUGAAUCAAGGGACGCAGGUUUCGAAUCCAAGGCCGGCUAUAAGCUUCCUGUAAAAGCAUCAAUUCCACUUAAUCCCGAUAACACUCAAAGCUCUGCAUUUAAUGUCCCCAUUUACGUAGCACCGUACGUACUUAGUGAGUAUGGAUCAGGGGCUGUUAUGGGGUGUCCAGGACACGACACCAGAGAUUAUGAGUUUUGGAAACUACACCAACCCAAUCAACCGACUGUGCAAGUCAUUGGACCAAAGAAUCCGAGCGAAAUGAAGAUUCCAUACACUUUAAAGAAAGGUGUCAUGCAAGACAUUAGUACGCUUGAAGGAGGGUUAAAGAAUCUUGAUCAGUAUAAAGGUUUAUCAGGAAAGGAAGCAGCAUAUGUUAUUACUCAGCAAUUAACCAAGCAUAACCUUGGACACGCAAGUACACAAUAUAGGUUAAAGGACUGGUUGAUCAGCCGGCAAAGAUACUGGGGAGCACCUAUACCUAUUAUUCACUGUUCAGAUUGUGGUACAGUUCCUGUUCCUGAUGACCAACUUCCCGUCCUCCUACCGAAAGUAGAUAGCAAGCAUUUCACAAAGGGAAACCCUUUAGGUAAUAUUGACGAGUUUGUCAAUUGCAAAUGCCCCUCGUGUGGAAAAGACGCCCAGAGAGAAACGGAUACAAUGGAUACCUUUAUGGAUUCGUCUUGGUACUACUUACGGUAUUUGGAUUCAAAAAAUGAAAACCAAAUAAUUAGCGCUACAGCAAGUCAAAACAUGCCAGUUGAUUUGUAUGUUGGUGGGGUUGAACAUGCUAUUUUGCAUUUAUUAUAUGCGCGAUUUAUUGCCAAGUUUUUGAGCGAUUGUGGUGUAUGGGAUGGUGAAAUUUGUCACGAUGAGCCCAUUACUAAAUUAGUUACCCAAGGGAUGGUCCAUGGUAUUACGUAUGCUGACCCUGAUACCAGCAAGUUUCUCAAACCUGAAGAAGUCGAUUUGACCAAUUCGCAAGCACCAGUAAUAAGGGCAACAGGUAAAACCCCCAAAGUUUCCUAUGAAAAAAUGUCAAAAUCGAAGUAUAAUGGCGCUGAUCCUGGGGAAUGUAUUGCUAAGUUUGGAGCUGAUGCCACAAGAGCCCAGAUGUUGUUUCUGGCGCCAGUGUCAGAUACGUUGUUAUGGAAUGAAGAACAAAUUUCUGGUGUUGAUAGGUGGCUUAGGAGAGUUCUUAGUCUAAGUCAAUCCAUUCCAAAAUUGGACAAAGUGCAGGGAGAUAGAGAAAGCCUGGAACUUGCCCAAAUUACCUUAAAUGGCACAGUUGUGGGUGAAGAAACAAUUGGUUUGAAUGAAUAUGAGUUUCAAUUUUACAAUCAGGUGCAGGAUCUAGUCAAGAGUAUUUCCGAGUCGAUUGACGUUCACUUUUCACUAAAUACGGUUGUUUCCGAUUUGAUGAAGAUGACGAAUCUUAUAACUGAUGCAGUGAAGUCAAAUAAAUGCCAGUAUCGUUUGAUCCUCGACUCGUAUGUCAAGUUACUUGUUUGUAUGGCACCCGUGACACCUGCAACCUCAGAAGAAUGUUGGGAGACUAUACAGUUGACAAAUGGGUUAACUCCACGCUCGAUUUUCAAUCAGCCAUAUCCUACAGAUAGAUCAAUCGAAUCUAAUAUUCAAAAGUACAACAUUUUCAUCAAUGGUAAAGCAAGGGGAACUAUCUUGGCUGAAACCAAAUUGAUUGAUGAAAACGAUAAGAGCAUAGUUAAGCUACUCGGGGAGAAAGAGGGCUUAUCCAAUCAUAUACCCAAUCUGGUCAAGAAAGUCAUCAAGAAACCAGGGUUGAUUAGUGUCAUUGGAUGA